AUGGCCGAAGUGGUGAGACGGCCGCCAUCGCAAGAUGAGCGUAACGGGUCCUCCUCCUCCCCCUCCUCUUCGCGGUCGUUCAGCCAAUCACCACAAGUGAAAGACUUGAAUCGAUCCCACUCGUUCUCUUCAAGCAGCAAACCAAGCAAAAAGUCAGCAAAUGGCCACCAUCAUUACAAAAAGGCAUCUUCCCUCCCCAACUCUCCCUCGAAAGAAGAGCGAAAGAAGCUUGCCAAAGAGAUCUUCGCCAAUGGCUCCGACCAACUUCGAGCAACACUCAAGCAGCGAGGUAUGCUUCACGCUCUCCUCUCCGACCCGGUCAAGUUUAUCAAAUCCAACCAGAAGCAAGGUCAGGAUUACACGACAUUGGGAUUGACCCCGGUAAAUGAUCCCAACUUUGCAGCUGCGCAGAAGAGGAAGCAGGAGCAAAAACAGCAUUCGCUUUCCUUGCUUUCCGAUACACCAAAGAUCAAUGGCACUUUGGCGGCGAUAGAGGAGCAAGAGCCUUCUUCACCAAGCAAGAAGAGCAAGGCGAGCGGUGGCGGAGAUCUCUAUCCUCAAAAGAUCUCGUUGCGUUUUCCUGGCAAAGUUCGAUCCAUCGCAACCGGCUUGUCCAACUACGGCAAUACGUGUUACAUGAACAGUGUCAUGCAGUCCCUCAUCCACACUCCCCCGCUUGCAUUCGCUUUGCUGACUCAAGACUUGGAGACGUUGCAUGGCGAAUGGGGAGGUAAACCAAACGUCAACUUUGACGCCGUGAUUGCAAUGCAGAACUUUGCCAAACGCUCCCUUCAAGGUACUCGCCCAACCAACGCCCCACAGGAGUUCAACCGGAACCUAAAAGCUUUUGCCAAGCCUUUGCGUCAGGGUCGACAAGAAGAUGCACACGAGUAUCUGCGCUUUCUGUUGGAGGCCCUACAACAGGCUUGUCUUUCACGAGCACCAAAGUCGUUAAAGCCCGACGAUCCGAUUCGACGCACGACGUUUGUUCAAAAGAUGUUUGGGGGGAAAUUGAGGAGCAGGGUAACCUGCCACAACUGCAGUCAUAACUCAGACACCUUUGAUCCAUUUAUGGAUCUCUCACUCGACGUUCGGAAAGGGAUCAACUCUCUCACUGAUGCAUUCCGCGCUUUUGUCGCAAAAGACCACCUCACAGGAUCAGAAAAGUACAAAUGCGAUAAAUGCAAGCGCAAAGUCGAUGCCACCAAACAGUUCACCAUCGAAUCCUGCCCACCCGCUCUUACCGUGCAUUUGAAGAGGUUUACGGCCUUCGGUGGGAAAAUCUCCCGUCAAAUCUCCUUUGACGAGUCUCUCAACAUCGCUCCCUACUUAUCCGAGAAUAGGGGACCGGUGAGGUACAAGCUCUACGCAGCAGUUCAUCACUACGGUUCAGGCCCAAAUAGUGGGCAUUAUGUAGCAAGUGUCAAAGCUCCCUGUGGCAAGUGGACUAGGAUGGACGAUAGUCAUGUUAGCGAAAUAGGAAGAGGGGGGCCGGUGAAUGAUCAAAGUGCUUACAUUCUGUUUUAUUUGCGGGAGAAUGAUGGAUUGGAGAAGGCGAUCAAGGCUGUUGCUCCUUCUCAAGCUCCUUUGUUGAAGCGAAAGGCUGAAGAGGCGGAGGAGGAGCGUUCCGCUUCGGAAGAAAGCGAGGAGGAGGAGAAAGGGGACGACUUUGAUAAUGUGGAAGCGUAUCAAGCUUUGCUGAAGCGUAGGAAGGCAGAGAAGAAAGCGGCAGUGGACGAGAGCGAUUCAGACGAAGCUCCGACUAAAAGCGCAAGUUCGAAAUUGGACGCUAUGCUAGCGUCGAAACCUAAAUCAGCAGCUAGUUUUUAUGGCGGUGCUGCUUCUCGAGUUUCGAAUCCAUUCACCAUGGCCUCCGCUGCAGAGGAAGAACUAGGAACUCCGAUCGAGAGGGAUGAAUACGAAUCCCUCGUCGGCCCCGCUACCCUCUCUUCCUCCACUCCCUCAUCUCCAACCAAAUCCAACUGCAACCCAGACCCAGAGUUAGAAUCAGAGUCAGAGCCCGACUCAUUCACCGCCUUAAGCAAAAAGGAAAAGAGGAAACAGAAGAAAGCGGCACAGGCCAUCCUCUCUGCCAAAUCCAGUCGGGGCAUCCCUAGCUCACCCUAUGCUAGUGCGCUAACGGGGAUGGGAGGGGCGAAAGAGCAGAAGAAGAAGAGCAAAAAGGACCAGAAGGCUAUCUCAGCACUUGGUGGGUUUGCGGGCAGGAUGAAGCCUCGGUUCUCACACUAA